AUGGGUUUCAUCAAAAAGACACAAUUUAACACUGAAGGGGGCUUCUUGAAUAUAAUCAACGGCGAAAGGCGGUCCGGCUUACGAAAACACAAUGGCAUCAAUCCAUCGAACUUGGAACUGCUCCCGGAUGUCCCAAUAGCAUCCUCCCAGGAUGUGGAGGAUGCAGUCAGUGGUGCCAGAGCUGCCUUCAAGGAAUGGUCUGAAUUUGCGGUCGAGAGAAGGAAAGGGCUGAUAAAUCAAUUCAUCGAUGCCUUGGAGGCAUACGCUGAUCAAUUUGCUUGUUUGUUGACCCUCGAGCAAGGAAAGCCAUUUUCACAGGCUCAGGGAGAGAUCAAGACGGGCGUGUUCCGAGCACGGGAAUUGGCCAGCAUGGAGUUGUCUGAGGUGGUUGCAAACGAAGAUGAUCGUCGCAAAGCUCUUUUGUCCUAUGUACCUCUCGGAGUCUGUGCUCUAAUUGUGCCAUGGAAUUUCCCAGUCUCCCUCAGUGCCCAGAAGCUGGCAUCUGCCCUGGUAACAGGAAACACCGUCAUUCUUAAACCGUCACCGUUCACCCCAUACUGUUGUUUGAAGCUAGGGGAACUCGCUCAACAGUUCUUCCCGCCUGGAGUGUUUCAAGUCCUCAAUGGCGAUGACGAGGUCGGUCCUCGCCUGACUGCCCAUCCUGAUAUCGACAAAAUCAGUUUCACAGGGUCGAUUGCUACAGGAAAGAUGGUUAUGCAGAGCGCAAGUCGGACGUUGAAACGCGUAACCCUGGAACUGCAAGGACGAUCAUCUGCUACUUUUUGCUCGCGAAAUCUUGUCCUUGUCGCAAGACUAACUAGGUCCAUUCAGGUGGCUACCAUGUCAUUCGUAAACUCUGGCCAGGUUUGCAUUGGUGUGAAGAGAAUCUAUGUUCAAGAAAGCAUUUACGACAAAUUCCUCGCUGCCUUCGCCGAAUACGCAAAGUCUUUGAAGAUAGGGGAUGGUUUUGAGGAUGGCGUUUUUCUCGGCCCUCUUCAAAACAAACAGCAAUUUCAGAUAGCACAGAAAUUCCUCUCGGAUGUCGAGCUUCAGAAUCUGAAGGUUGUAUUAGGAGACACCCCAACGCCCGCUGGAUCUGGUCUGUACGUGUCGCCAACAAUCGUGGACCGACCCCCGGACACAUCUGAGCUGGUGACAGAAGAGCCUUUUGCACCGAUUGUGCCUUUGCUUUCGUGGAAAACCGAAGACGAGGUCAUCUCCCGGGCCAACAAUACCAAAACCGGGCUCGGGGGCUCUAUCUGGUCCAAGGAUAUCGCCACAGCGACAAGGAUUGCCCGGAGGCUACAAACUGGGACUACUUGGAUCAACGAGCACGCAGCACUUGAUCCUCGUGUACCAUUUGCUGGGAUAAGGGAAAGUGGGUACGGUGCAGAGCUGGGCAUUGAGGGACUCAAAGGGUUCUGCAAUAUCAAAGUGAUAUUUGUUCCAAAGUAG